CGAGUAGAAUAGGUAGGUUUUCGAACACCAAGGUGCAAAACAUGUACUCGAGUGAGAUCGAGAAAAUGUUGGAACACAUCCGGGCCUGACGUAGAUCCGUGGCCUUUGGCGAUUGUGGAUUGUGGUGAUUGCGGCGAUUGGCGGUGCUUGACUUCCUUCCCUUUCUGCUUUCGUGCUUAGCUCGCCGGCCUUCAGCUUUUUCUUCGUAGUACUUAUCGUAAGAUCCGUGUUUGUGUGGUCGCUUGUGCAUUGUGCCUUCGCGUCGCUUAACCUCUCGGUCGCGAACCCCGAGUACCUGGAAUUUCGUCCGCAAAGGUGUCCCCAUCAGUCUCGUUAAAUCUUGACUGCAGCGAGCCGGGCUCAGCAUUACAGCUUGUGGGCCACCGAUCUAUGGCAGCUCUUGCUCAUCAAGACACAGGAAUGGCCCACGACCACCACGGACACGGUGGCAUGCACGACCUCGUAAACGCAACAUCCGGUCCCAUGGUGACCACCCCGCUUCAGGCGAUUCUGACGGCAGUGCUGGCGUCCACAGCGGCGACGGCCCCCGCGCACCACAUGGCUCCUGGCACUCAGUCUCCCCACACCGACGGGCACGGCCACAUGAACGCGCACGACAGCAGCAUGGGGGGAAUGCACGACAUGGGUGGAAUGCACGACAUGGGUGGAACGCACGACAUGGGGGGGAUGAUGAUGUACUUCCACUUUGGACUUACGGAAACCGUUCUGUUCAAGAACUGGGCAGUGAAUUCUGUUGGAGGCAUGGUGGGUUCGGUGGUGGGCGUCUUCAUCAUGGCUGCCAUGUACGAGGGACUCAAGUACUUCCGGGAGCACCUGUUUCGCCUGCACUUCUCGAGCAUGCACUAUUCCUCGGUGGCCGUCACGGGCCAGGACGGCCGCACCCUCACCGAAGUGCACCAGAUAGCCAGGAACAGGAUUGUCAGUUGGGCACACUUCCUCCAGACAUUCCUGCACAUGGUACAGGUGGUGCUGAGUUACUUCCUCAUGCUGAUCUUCAUGACGUACAACGUGUGGCUAUGUCUGGGCGUAGUCCUAGGGGCAGGUUUUGGCUACUUCAUCUUCGGGUGGAAGAAGGCGACGGUCGUGGACGUCACCGACCACUGUCACUAACGUCGACCCCUGGCCGAUCCAGAAAAGGAAACGAUUGUCAUACUUGUCGAUGCCGAGUUCGAAGCGACGCAUCGGUCAACGGCUACGCGCGAACCUAGACGUCUGUACAGGAAUAGGGUCCUCAAACUUGUUCGUUCCUGGGGCUUGUAGAUUUACCGUGGUGUGAUCCUCCAGUGCUGAAUGCAGAUCCCGACAUACUGUUUGCGAGCAAGAGUGAGUGGAUUAUGUAUCUGAAGUCCUUAAAAGAUGAUUUUUCCAUCCUCGCAGAUGUGCUAGGAAUUGCGAUCUUGCCCGUGAACAGUAUGUAGGUUUACAUAGGCCUCGAGAUGGAACCGAGUAUCAAGUGAUGUUUUCAGAGAUGAGAGAGUGGCCCUGUUUCUGCCCAUGUGCUGUUGAUCAAAUCGACUGCUUGUAUGUUGGGGAGCGUUUUCGAAGACUUUUUUUUGGUCCGGCAACUUUGCACAGGCCAUUCAAGAAUGACAAUGGCGGGAAUCGCGCUGCAAAAUGUGCGGUGGUGCUUCAGCACGCAGUACGUGUUUUUGCCGUGUUACAACCUAGCCUCAAGCCACUUGCACAGUAACACUUGCUGGCAUUUGUUGUGAAGCCACUUUAUGGGACCAGUAGUUUUUCACAACUCUGCCUCAGUUUUCGUACGAGGUCUGGUACAAUAAAGACGAAAAAAAGUAUGGUGAUGUUGACUCCCCAGGUGUGUACUUUGUUUUGUAAAUCGAUGGUAACGGCUAAUGUAUGUUCAGUUUCUGUUGAGGUAAACAAACUCGCAACUUUCAAGGCCAACGACUGGAAACAGUUGAUGCCAUGUGAAUGGCGAUUUGUAUUACUUGAGAUUACAUCCUUACAGAACUGGCAAGCACCUAGCCAUUGUGAGCUCCUUUAUCACCAAUAAUUGUACCUAAUUACUAUUAGUUCUGUCAUUUAUCAAUCUGUGCUUUCUAGAUUGUUUUUUGUUCCUGAAAUAAGUGUUCAGAAAUUACGGUCCUCGGAAAAUAUGUACAAGUUUAUUCGUCUUAAUCCCUUUAUAGAGCUAAGUAGCUUUGUGGAGCCCUCGAAAUAAAUUCAAGUUGCUCUUUCUUCGUACCCUACUUACCAUGGCGACAUUUCAUAUCGUAAAUGUUUAAAGAUUUGGACAUCGUAGUAGCUCAAAAUCAACAUCUGGUUUUAUGGGUGUUUGAUUUUGAAUGGCUCCUUGAGAGUUGUUAGCUGGGAACCAGCAUUUUGUUUGUUUUUCCCUCGUUUCUCCCGAUGCAACAAUGCACACAUUGGAACUGCUUAAACUUCGAUUUCCUUUGUCAAUUUGCCAAAGAAUUUUGCUUAGAAUAAACAAAGCAAGAAAAAUGAAGUGUUUAGACUUUGAUCAGAUGUACACUUUUUGCUGGCUGAGGUUUCAGAGUCCGAUCAAGAGCCCCAGUCGCCAAGUGUAAAUUUACACGGCUGUGCAUAUUACACUCGAGCACACUGCUGUGCCCAGUCUUCAAAUUGCCAUCCUACAACUUGAGCCAAAACUGCCCACUUGUUCACAUGUUGGAACCUUCUGCCAGUCUCCCAUUUCAUUCUGUUCUCCCCAUCUGCAAUCUGUUAGAAUGCUCCUCCUUAAAGAGCUUGUUGCAUUUCUUCUUGUGCUUGUCGAAACGUAAUUGCAUGCCCAAAGUGUCGUGUGGGCUCUGCCAAUCGAUAAUUUAAUCCGAGCUGUAGUCCUUUCCUCAGCGUGGAUUUGUCACUGCUCUAACAAUGGAUCCGCAGUAGUGGAAGCUAUGUGACGGAGUUUUCCCCGUCGUAAGUGGCAGUACUUACGAGGAGCUUACACACGACAGUGCAUGUGUGUGUGUGUGUGUGUGUGGAGGGGGGGGGGGGGGCGUGAGUGUGUGUGGAUGUGUGUGCUUAUUUGCAAAUGCAGUGCUACUAUUUUCCUGUUAUUUGUAGCAUAUUCAUCUCGCUACUCAUGCAGGCUUAAAUUUUAAGUUCACAGUGACAAAUCUGUGCCAUGCAGAUAAACUCACACCUGUUGGAACUGUACGGUAUACUGCUGUGAAGGCUAAGUGCUCUUUGGGGUGGGGAAAUCGCAUCCUGGUUUUGUACAGACCGUACAAGAACGUAGAAUAGCACUAGCAAAAUUUGAUGUUUGGGAGGGUAGUGUACUGCUAUCGCUGUUGGUGAUGUAACGUGUUUGCAUCUUGAGGGAAGAGAGCUGAAGAGGUUCAAAGGAAUGCUUUCAUACAAGGUUUAAAGUGUAUACGUUGGAAAAUUACUGUGAUAACAUUCUGAGAUAUCAUUCUUUUUUUUUUUUCUUUGCUCAUACCAUUUUUUAGAAAACAUUGUUAAAAAAAUGGUUGUAAUUGUUUUCUAUUUGAUCCUCAUAUUCAAACUCUCUGCCAUGUUGCAGCGUACUCGUAUAUGGGCCGGGCAACCUUGAUGGGUGCAUUUCUUGUAAUUUUGUACUGCUUUUUAAAAGUGGAUAUUUUUGUUUCAUUAUUGUUAGUAUUAAAAGAAAUGCGACUUGU